AUGGAGGAUGGUACUAACGAUUAUAGUAAUGGUACAAAUGAUUCUAGUAGUGUUAACAUUUCUGGAGAGAACGACGGUAAGUGUGUGAUUGACAUUGACAAGGAGGAAGGCGAGUUGGAGGAGGGAGAGAUUGAUUUGGAUUCUGAUUUGAUUGGAGUUAAUGUGGAUUCAAAUUCUGAAGUUAAGAAUGUGGUGGGAGGUGACGUGAAGGAGAUGGAAGUACAGGAGAGAAGCAAACGUGUUGAUUCGAUCCGAGAAGAGCUUGAGAAUCUGGAUGUGGCUAUGGAGCAAAAAUCUUAUGAUAGAGUAUGUUCAAGUUUGGAGAUGACAGCCAACAGCUUGCAGAAAAUAGUUUUGGAGGGUUCUUUUACUGAAAAAGACACUCUUGUUCAGUUGUUAUUAGCUGCAAUUCAGACUCUCUAUUCAGUGUUUUAUUCCAUGACUGUGAUACUCAAGGAGCAAAAUAAAGCCGUUUUAUUAAGGUUGGUAGCACAAGUAAUAAACUUAGAGCCACCUCUUUUUUCCUCCCUGCAGUUGAGAGAGUUGGAGGGUAUUCGGGCUUCUGUGGAGUCGUCUGCUGAUCCUUUAAGCAAUGGCAAUAAUAAUGGAAGGAUUGAAGCAGCUAAAGCUGAUAUAAAUUUAAAGCCUAAUAACAAUUCAUCUUUCCUGAAGACGUGUGGAACAGAUUCUGAAUCAACCGGGACUUCAGAUCAAUCGCAGUGCAACAUUUCUGUGCAAUAUUUAAAAUCAGGCCUAGUGAAUUCUAGGCAAAAAGGGAUGGCUCUUCCACUGCUAGACCUCCACAAGGAUCAUGAUGCAGACAGUCUUCCUUCACCCACACGAGACCUCUCCACCCCCUUGCCUUUUGAACAUGGGUUGCUGAAACCUGAGUGGCCUAUCCCUAGAUGUACUACUGCUCUUGCAAGAGAAAAUCUGGUGAUGCAUCCUUAUGAGACAGAUGCUGUUAAAGCUGUUUCCAGUUAUCAGCAGAAAUUUGGCAGUACUUCCUUUUUUAUGAGCGACAACCUUCCUAGUCCAACUCCUUCAGAAGAGGGUGAUGCUACUGGGGAUGGUGAAAUAGGCGGCGAAGUUUCCAGUUUUAUUACUCAGAAAGUUAAUCCUACUGUGAAUACCACACUUUCAGGGCAGCGAGUGGUUUCUUCGACUGCACCUAUGGAAGCCUUAGCAGACCCGGAAAGUAGUAAUUCCGGGGUCUCUCGUCCUGUAAAUAGUUCUUGGAAUCCUGUAUUGAAAUCCUCUUCUUUAGCAAAAAGUAGGGACCCGAGGCUCCGAUUGGCCAAUUUGGAUGUGCCAAGUUCACAGAAGCAUAAGAUAGUUGAGGAGCAAGUCUCGGAUGGUCCUGCACUGAAACGACUAAGAAAUGAGUUAUCAGGUCCCAAUGCACCUCAGCCGCCUAUCAGUACAUCAGCAAUUCCUACAACAGCUCUCCCUGUUAGCGGUAGUAGUCCCGUUACAAGUCAAAGUGAAAUACUGCCAGUGACGAAUUCCAGCACAACAUCUUCUUUACAUUCUUUGUUAAGGGAUAUAGUUGUGAAUCCAUCGGUAUGGAUGGAUAUACUAAAAAAAGAACAGAACAAGUCUUCUGAUGAUGUCAAAAGUAUGACCCAACUGGCAAGCACAAAUUCUUUACUCGGAGCAGUUCAAGUUCCAUCAACUACCAGUGGGGUACAUCCGCUGUCUUCAGUUCUUGGGCAAAUAUCGACAACAGGAAUAGUUCAGACGCCCACCCAAGCUGUCUCUGUGGAGGAACCUGGAAAGGUUCGAAUGAAACCUCGUGACCCACGCCGUAUUCUGUAUAGUAGCACCCCUUUGAAGUGCAUGACUGCAGCAUCUGAUCAACCAAGACUAAAUACAUCAUUCAGUUCAUCAAAGAUGAACACACUAAGACAUGAAGAUCAGUUGGAGAAGAAAUCUGUGUCUUCAGGUUCUGUGAAACCACCUGAUAUUGCUAAGCAAUUUACGAGUAAUUUGAGAAACAUUGCAGAUCUAAUGUCUGUAUCCCAAGAAUGUAUACCUGCUUCAGUGCCACCUCAGAUUCCAUUUUUCCAACCAGUACAAGUUCAUCAAGCUAGAAAGGAAACUAAGGGGGGAAUUACCGAUUCUGGCAAUCUAAAAAACUCGAGUGACGUAACUUCUGAAGCAGCUGUUGCUGGCCCUCCUCGACCAUUGAAUGCAAAUGCUUGGAGUGAUGUUGAGCAUUUGUUUGAGGGCUUUGAUGACCAGCAAAAGGCUGCCAUCCAGAGAGAAAGGGCCAGAAGGCUAGAAGAGCAGAAAAAAAUGUUUGCUGUUCGCAAGCUUUGCCUUGUCUUGGAUUUGGAUCAUACUCUUCUAAAUUCAGCUAAGUUUAUUGAAGUUGACCCAUUGCAUGAUGAGAUGUUGAAAAAGAAAGAAGAACAGGAUCGUGAGAAGCCCCAGAGGCAUCUCUUCCGGUUUCCUCAUAUGGGAAUGUGGACCAAAUUGCGUCCUGGAAUAUGGAAUUUCUUGGAGAAGGCAAGUAAACUCUAUGAGCUGCAUUUGUACACCAUGGGAAACAAGUAUUAUGCCACUGAGAUGGCAAAAUUGCUUGAUCCGAAAGGAGAACUGUUUUCUGGACGAGUUAUUUCGCGCGGUGAUGAUGGUGAACCAUUUGAUGGUGAUGAUAGGGCUCCCAAGAGCAAGGACUUGGAAGGGGUUUUGGGUAUGGAGUCAGCUGUUGUGAUUAUAGAUGAUUCUGUACGAGUCUGGCCACAUAACAAAUUGAACUUAAUAGUCGUGGAACGGUAUAUAUAUUUUCCAUGUAGUAGACGGCAGUUUGGGCUUCCAGGCCCUUCGCUUCUUGAGAUUGAUCAUGAUGAGAGACCAGAAGAUGGGACACUGGCCUCAUCUUUGGCGGUUAUUGAGAGGAUACAUCAAAACUUUUUCGCACACCAGUCAUUAGAUGAAGCAGAUGUUAGAAACAUCUUAGCUUCUGAACAGCGGAAGAUUCUUGCUGGAUGCCGUAUUGUUUUCAGCAGAGUAUUCCCAGUCGGUGAAGCCAAUCCACACAUGCAUCCACUGUGGCAGACAGCUGAACAAUUCGGUGCUGUUUGCAUUAACCAGAUAGACGAGAAGGUUACUCAUGUAGUUGCAAAUUCUCUUGGAACUGAUAAGGUGAAUUGGGCUCUCUCCAGGGGAAGAUUUGUUGUGCAUCCUGGCUGGGUGGAAGCAUCGGCUUUGCUAUACCGAAGGGUUAAUGAGCUCGACUUUGCCAUUAAACAACCAUAA